CUUUCAAGGGCAAAAGAUAAUAAAUUUCUCUAUUUCUUCGCUCUCUCUCUCUCUCUUAAGCAUCGCAAGCCUCUCCUUCAAGGUCUAGGGUUUCUCCGAAAUUCGCACUCUAAUUCUACUCAUCCAGCUUCGAAUCUAUUGUCACUUGUUAUCUCUUUGUCUUCUCCGCCAAAUGCUCUAUCUGUUGAUGCCAUUUUUUCGAGUGGCCGUGGGGAAUCGGCGCCCGGUCGAUGUAAGAUUGUUUUGACUCUUUGUUAACUGUGCUCAGCUGUUGUUAGCUGGUCAGUGGGGUUGAAUUCGAAACAAAACCUUAACUAUUUCAUUUCCGGAUCGAUGUGCGUGAUUGUACCAAAUUACUUGAAGUUUUUUGGGAAAUUGUAUAUUGCCUGUUGUGCUGUUGGUUGCUACUAACUUGGAGAGAAAUAUUAUGGUGGAGGAGAAUCAUCACACUAGCAAUUCUGAUCUUGUCUCGAAGUCUGUGGGAUCAUCUAUUAAGAUUGACUCAAUAUCUAUAGAUCUUGUUAGUAAUAAUGAGAUUGAUGCAGGAAAUUGUGAACAUUUUUCUAUACGCGGAUAUGUGUCUGAAAUUCGCAAAAAAAACUGGAAAAUUUGCUGGCCAUUUGCUUUAGAUAGUAAUCAUGAUAAAUUUGAGGAGCAAGCAUGUACUCUUCCUCCCUUACCUGUUUCAAAAUUCAGAUGGUGGCAUUGCCAGAAUUGUUUACAGGAAUUUGGUGCUGAAAGCAUAAAAGAUAAUAAUGGAAAUACCUUCAAUUAUUGUAGUAAGGCAAUAUUCAAAUCUGGUGGUACUUGUUCCCAUAUGUCCUCCCUUGCUCAAGUGCAGCAAUCAGAUUUUCAUCAAGGUCCAAAAUUAAAAAUUCUUGAGAGUACAAUAGUUGAUGCCAGUACUGCCAUUAAACUGAAUGAUAAUGACUGCCAUCCUUCUUCAUGUAAUGAUAAGAAAGAAAAGAAAUCUGAAUCUGCAAACACCCUGGUCAUAGAGCAUGAGAUGGGUUCAGAAGAUAACACAAAUCUGGAUGUCCCUGAAUCAGCUGGUGCUGCAACAGGACGUACCUCUGGAAUGAUGACAGCCAGAAGUCAUCACACCGAUGACACAGCGCUUAAGGCAAGUUGCAAUGGAUCUGUUGAAUUACACCAGCCCAGCCAUGGAAGUUGUCAAAAUGCUGAGGUUGAAGAACUUGCUGAUAAAAAUCUCAAAAGCAUAGCUAAGAAUUCUUCAGAAAUUUGUGAAACAGGAAAACAACCUUCAGCUGAAGUUGAACAGUUAAAGGCAGUGGUAAGUUGUGGGACAUCUGGGGUAAAUAGAAUGGUUAAUGAGGUGAUUGACGCUGUCAAGAGCACAAGCAAACAUCCUUGCCGGGUAUUUGAUGAGUAUGAUGAUGCAUCAUCUGAAAGUGCUGGGAUAUUGCCUGGAAAUGAUCCAGAGGAUCAUCAUGAUAACUCAAGUGGUUCACAUCGUAAAAAAACUCGAAAGGUGCGUCUACUGACUGAGUUGUUGGCUAAAAACGGAGAUGCAAGUAUGAAUCUAACAAGGGAUGAAAAAUUUUCUUCCAAUUCUGCUCCUGAUGCAUCAGCUGAGGUAGCUGCACCCUCUACACCCCAUUGUUCUGUGGCUAUCCGAGGAAAUGUUCUUCGGGUUUCUGACCAAAAUAGGAAAAGGAAGUUCUCUCGUGAUGAGGAAUGGAGACCUUUGGAGUUAAGCUGCCAGAAUAAUUUCCAUAAAAGGGAUAGAACCUGCAAUGAGGGUGUGGAAACGGUUAGUCAACUUGCAAGUGCAGAUUCAGAAGAAGAUGCUGGAACUGGCUUACAAAUUGGUGUGAAGAGCCAUUUGAGUAAAUUCAGGCUUGUUAGAAGUCCGACUAUGAGUAAGAAGAAAAACAAAAAAGGCCAGGCUGUUGAUGAAUUUUUGUCCCUGGCAGUACCAGCCCAAGAAAAUGUGCAGAAAGAAUGUCAGAAUGAAGCUGGAGAUGUGAAUAAGGUCAGUUUUGCUGAUAUUGUCUUGUCUGAAUCUGGACACACUACAUUUACAAGCAGAGGGAUGCAUCCUUUCCCUUUGCCUCCCCAGAAAACUGAGAGAAAUUCUAGUUUAUGCAAGAAGAAAAGCAAGAUGCCACUUUGUAAUGAUAGGCAGGCCUCUCUAAUUCCUUGGAGUAAUGGUCUUCUCAGGGGAAGUCCAUUAACAACAAAAGAUAUGGAAAUCAUGCAAAUGCCAUCCUUUACUGAUCCAUUUCAAUCAACAAAAGAUGUAUGCACUGAAAAGGGGUCACAUCUUUCCCUAAAAAGCUGCUUGUCAUCCCAUGGAUAUGACAGAAAUUAUAUUUCUCCACUUGAAGAUCAGCUACUGCUUUGGCAAGAGGCUGUCUCAAAGGAAAACCAGGUCAUGGGGAAAGAUAUCCAGGCAAACUAUGUUAUAGGUUCUUAUUUUGCUUCUAAAUCAGAGCCAGAGGCAUAUCAAAGGAAAGUAAAUGGUGAUCUCAGUAGUAAUACCUUUAGAACAUCUUUUCUGAAUGAUAAGCAAAAGUCCACGUCUCAGUCUGAAACAGGGAACUGUUCUCUCAUGCAGCAAAUGGAUUUCUGUGGUAGAAACAGCAAUUUGAAAUCUACAGAAACAAUGGAACAUUCAGCGCUUCCUAAGAAACAUUAUGAUCAACGUGCUGAUAAGGCAUCUGAACAGGGAAUUAUUGAUGACAUACCCAUGGAAAUUGUUGAACUCAUGGCAAAGAAUCAGUAUGAAAGGUGUCUUCCUGAUAUCAAAAACGAUAAUCACCAAUCAGAAACAACCAUUAACACCGGUAAUGCUCAGAUAAAUGCAAAGGGGAAGUUUAACUUUUUGUUGGAGGAGACUGCUCACAAACCAAAACCUCAAGCUAAAAGUAGAAAAAGUGACAAGGUCACAAGAAUUGGAAGUACCAAAAAGAAGUCAGUUGAUUGCUUUUCUCAAGUCAAUAGAGAACAACACAAUAUACAGCAGCUGGAGCCAGGUAAUGCCCCUACAGAGUUUAGGGCAUUUCCUCAGUGUCAAGAGAGGCUACCAAGCGGAGUCAGAUUUUCUGAUACCAGUUUCUGUAAGCAUGGUAUGUCUCAAAAUUGCCAAUGGAUUGGGAAUAUAUUGGGUCACAGGUCCUACCCAACCAAUUUGCAGACUUUAGGAUCUAGUAACACAUGCCAGAGUGGUCCACAACAGAAUAAAGAAGGAGCUCAUCUUUGGUCAGCAAUGAUGCCAAGCCACAUGCCCUUUGUAUACAACAUUGGUCAAAAACAUGCAGAUCCAUCGAGCAACAUAAAUUCUCUUUCACAUUAUCCCAACAGUUUGUGUAAGGGGAACUUGAAUGGAAAUCUUGGUUUGAACUUUCUGAAUUUGAAUUCUACCAACAAUGAAAAGCAUAAUAGGAACUCUGAUUCUGAAAACCUCAGCAGGACACAAGCUGAGUGUCCACUUGCUUGUAAACAUAGCAGGAUGGGAUCACUAGAUCUGUAUUCUAAUGAAACCAUACCUGCAAUGCAUUUACUGAGUCUCAUGGAUGCAGGAUUGCAGUCAGGUGCACCAAUUGAUAUUAAUGGGACACAAAAGUUCCACAAAAGACCUUCCUUUGUGCAUGAUCAUCCUUCUAAGGACUUCUUUGGGCUCUCAUCUGGGGGAUACAAGACCAGCAGUACCAUGAAGCCCCCAUUAUAUGAUUAUUAUGGUAAAAAUCACCUUCCAGAGAAUUCUCAUGAAUGUUUUCCUGCCAUGUCAACCAUUGGUAAUUCUAGUUUUUCAUUUCAUCAUGAUAAAAGUAUCAAGAAGACCACUGGUUUUACAGGUCAGACAUCCCUUCGGUCCAAAGAGAAGGAGAAGACUAAAGGCUCUGAUUCACCUUCAAAAAAUAAAAGCCAUAGAUCUCAAAAAUCCGUGCUUAUAACUGGUGGUCUAAGCGCAAAUCAUAGGUCCUUUCCUUUUAAUAUGCAGAAAAAUUUCCUUGGCACUUCUGUUUCUAUGGCCUUCCCCUUGCAGUGCCAAGUAGUUGAAAAUGCAUCGAAAUGUAAGUCGGAAGCCUGCAAUACUACUAGUGGCGUUUUGCCUCUGAAAAGCAGUUCCAAGACUGAAAUAUGCAGUAUUAACAGAAAUCCUGCUGAUUUUAGCACGCCAGAAGCAGGAAAUGUUUACAUGAUUAGAGGUGAAGACCUAAAAUUUAGAAAGCCAGUCUUUCCUGAUAAUAGAUCUGGCUUAAUCAAACUGGAUCGGCGCAAACGACAAAGGAAGCUUACUGCUGCCAAAGGUAAAGUCUAAAGUAUCAUGCUAGCAAUAUGAAAAUGACUUGGAAGCAUUACAAGGGUCAGAUAGCAAAUGUUGUAAUCCUGUGCUGCACCAAAGUUGAUCUUUAUAUAAACAAUAAUUCCUUCCAUUUCCAUAAACUCUUGAUCAUGUUGGUAUUAAUGUUCAAAGCUGGAUGUGGAAGACUGACUGUGGCGUGAGGCUCGUAUAUACUUACAACAUGUUCCUUUACCUUCCAGCAACAGAUAUAGAUGUAUCUACCUCUGAGUUUGGUGUUGUAUGCUACACUGUAAAAGGUUUUGCAAAAGCCUACAGGGCUCGUUUGUUACUUGUGUGUUAUGGGAGUCAGAGAAAAAAGAACAGGGGGCCUUCUCAAUAAGCUAAUAUAAUAUUUGGUUGCAUAUGCUUGGAGUGCACUAGGUGGUUUGUCAAUAAGUUUGUAAUUGUUGAUUGUACUUCUAUAUUUUAUAGUUAUUCGUGUCAUAAAUUUAAGAAAAAGUGGAUCUGAAAGCCUGAAAUAAGAGUGUACCAGAUACCUGAUUCUGAAAGCAGGAGCAUUUCUUACCUUAAUGAUGUUCCUUUAAUGACCUUGUUGAAGAAAUGACUUUAUUUUA